CCUGCUACUUAUUUCACCCCCUCACCUGCUCAACUAACCAGAUCGAGUCUUGUCAUUGCAAAAAGUAAUACCACACAGAAAUCGGCCUACUCCAAUCUCACCCAUCUUUACUCAAUUAUCAUGGCCCAAGCACCUGUCACCCCGUCGUUUAAACUCGUUUUGGUCGGUGAUGGAGGAACCGGAAAGACUACUUUUGUUAAACGCCACACAACUGGAGAAUUCGAGAAAAAGUAUAUAGCAACUCUUGGUGUGGAAGUUCAUCCUCUAAAAUUUAACACGAAUCUUGGAGAAAUACAGUUCGAUGUUUGGGACACCGCAGGGCAAGAGAAGUUUGGAGGUUUACGAGAUGGAUACUACAUUAAUGGAAAAUGUGGUAUCAUCAUGUUUGAUGUUACUUCUCGAAUCACCUACAAGAACGUUCCCAACUGGCACCGUGACCUAGUGCGAGUAUGCGAAAAUAUCCCCAUAGUUCUUACCGGAAACAAAGUUGAUGUUAAAGAAAGAAAAGUAAAGGCUAAGACAAUUACUUUUCACCGAAAGAAAAACCUGCAAUAUUACGACAUCUCUGCUAAGUCAAAUUACAACUUUGAGAAGCCGUUCCUAUGGCUAGCACGAAAGCUUGUCGGUAACCCGGCUUUGGAAUUCGUUGCAGCUCCAGCACUCGCCCCUCCUACUGCCACUGUCGAUCACGCACUCCUCGCACAAUAUGAGAAAGAGAUGCAUGAAGCAGCUCAAAUGCCUCUUCCGGACGAAGAUGAUGCAGAUUUGUAG